GACUGUGCUAUUCAUUCUGAUUAUUAUAAAGUCGAGUGGCGAGGAAGUGCGAGUCCGAUGAUAAAGUUUAAUUUAAUUUAAACAUUUAUGUUAUUUUUUUAAAAAAAAGUCAUGACUCGGAUAUAUUUUAAAAGUAUUUGAUCAAGAAAAUUAACGUUUAAAUUCUUAUAAACAUGGUUCAAAAGUAUCAAUCUCCCGUCCGGGUAUAUAAAUACCCUUUUGAGCUGGUGAUGGCGGCAUACGAGAAGAGAUUUCCAACAUGUAAAAUGAUUCCAGUUUUCUUAGGAAGUGAUAUAUUAUCAGAAUACAAAAGUGAGGAUGGAGCAGUUUAUAUUAUUGAGAGACGAUGUAAACUUAAUGUAGAAGCACCAUAUUUAUUAAAAAAGAUUAUUGGAGUGGAAUUUGUGUAUUUUAUUCAGAAAAAUACUCUUGAUAGACGGGAAAGAAGUUUAAAAAUAGAGGCGUUCAAUGAAAGCUUUUCCUCACGAGUAGUUAUUAAUGAAAAUUGUACAUAUUCAGUUCAUCCAGAAAAUCCUGAUUGGACAUGCUUUGAACAAACUGCAAGUUUAGAUGUGAAAAGUUUUUUAGGUUUUGAAAAUGCUAUUGAAAAAUUAGCAAUGAAACAAUACUCUCAUAAUAUCAAAAAGGGAAAAGAAAUUAUUGAAUAUUACAUCAAUGAACUUAUCAGUGAAGGAAUUACUUACAUACCUCGUUUUGAAGAUAAGCCUGCAUUGCCAAAAAUACAUGUGACAGAAAAUAUUAAUUCUUCAAAUAAAUCGGAUUUAAAUAAUAGAAGAGGUAGCAUACCUCAUCAGUCUUCUAUAAUUCAAGAAGGACAUCAACUAAGUGAUGUAAACUUGAAGUUAGAAUCUGAAUAUAUUGAACGUUGUUUGGGAGAAUUGACACCCUUUCAAGAAUCAUGUCUUGUUCAGCUAAAAAAAUGGAUGGCUGAAGCUCACCAAGGAAAAGUUCCAAGUGAUCAAACUCUUGUUCGAUUUCUACAAGCUCAAGAUUAUAGUUUAGAAAAAGCCAGAGAGAUGUUAUGUCAUUCUUUAGUGUGGAGAAAAAAGUAUCAAGUUGAUCGUAUUUUAAGUACUUAUAAUUCACCAAAAGUUGUAAAAGAAUAUUUUCCGGGUGGUUGGCAUCAUUUUGAUAUAGAUGGAAGACCACUGUAUAUACUUCGUCUUGGACAAAUGGAUGUGAAAGGCUUCAUUAAGUCGAUUGGAGAAGAAGGGCUAGUCAAAUUGACAUUACAUGUUUGUGAAGAAGGAUUAAGAAGAGCUGAAGAAGCAACAAGAUUAGGUGGAAAACCAGUUAGAAAAACAUCUUUGAAGAGUUUUGGAGAAAGGCACAUUUCUUGGACUUGUUUAUUGGAUUUGGAAGGUUUAAACAUGAGACAUUUGUGGAGACCCGGAGUUAAAGCUCUCUUACAUAUCAUAGAAAUUGUUGAAGCCAACUAUCCAGAAACUAUGGGAAGAGUGUUAAUUGUUCGUGCGCCUCGUGUCUUUCCCAUUCUUUGGACGCUUGUUAGCACAUUUAUUAACGACAACACACGUUCUAAAUUUGUAUUUUAUGGUGGUAAUGAUUAUCAAGGUUCUGGAGGUCUGUUAGAAUUUGUUGAUAAAAGUGUCAUUCCUGAUUUUCUUGGUGGAGAAUGUCAGACAACUAUACCAGAAGGAGGCUUGGUACCAAAAACUUAUUAUAUGUCUGAUGAAGAAUAUGAAAGAGAAAAAGCAGAAGGUCAUCAUUUAUUUGAUGACUCGAUGUAUCAUUCUGUUAGUAUGGCAAAAGGACAAGUACAUGAAAAAAUUAUUAAAAUCAAUGAUAGAGGAAGUGUGAUAUGUUGGGAUUUUGAUGUGAUGAAAGAAGAUGUUCGUUUUACCGUUCUGUAUACUCGGCAACCACUUCCUCCUCCCGAAGCUCAAAUUUGUGACGAAGAAGUUCAGGGAUGUGCACAUGCAGCUCUACCUCUUGCUAUGCUAAACUUAGACUCUCCACCAUUCCAUUCAGUCAUCCCAAAAAAUUGGGUUCAAGAUCAAGAUUACAUUGUUGUCGAACCAACUCUUACCUGUCAUGACGGGGAAAGCGUGCAGGGAUCUCACGUAACAAGAUUUGAAGGAAGUUACAUUUUACAAUGGCGUCAUGGAGAAACAUUGCAUCAUUAUUCAUUUGACUUUCCAUUAUCCUCACACAAAGCAAAAGUCAUGUAUUAUUAUGAAGUAUUGAAAUCUCAAGAUUAUAAAGGCUCCAUGUCAAGUCUUCAGUCGUCUCACAGCGGUACGACAUGUACGUCCUCGGGCGAACACUCUGCUCCCAGCUCGUGUCCUUCCAGAUGACAAUAAACCAGACUGCAGAUUUCUUCCUAAAUACAAAAAAAAAAAAAGAUUUAUUCACAAGUUGCCUAGAAUAAUACCUGUAAAUUGUACAGAAAAUCAAUUAUUUGAGAUUGUCGGACUAUAUUCUUUGUUCUAACAUAUAAUUAUAUUUCUUUUAAAAUGUACAGCAGUUAUGCAGUCAAAUUUUCUACGGAAGAAUAUUUAGACUUUAAUUUUAGACUUACAACGAUUUAGUAAAUUUUCAUUAAUUAAU